AUGUUGCGCCUCUGGGUUUCGAAACUGUGAUUUUGUUAUUGAAUCAGAGAUGGACGUUGGUGGUAAUAGUGGUGGAUUGAUUAUCAACAAACAGAGGGCUAUGUUACCCAACAAAAGUAGGGGUGAAUUUGUCCGUAAUCAGAGAAAAGACUCGGAGGGCUUCUCCGAGUCUCCAGACCUUGAGUUUGAGUAUGCAGAUACAGACAAGUGGUCUGCUGAACUGUCAGAGCUAUACAGUUACACUGAAGGACCAGAAUUUCUUCUCAACAGAAAAUGCUUUGAGGAGGAAUUCCGAACUCAUGUGUCUGACAAGAAAUGGACCGAGCUGGAUGUGGCUCAACACAGAGCUCACGCCAUGCGUCUACUUGACGGCCUGGAGGUGAUCACCAGGGAGAAGAGGCUGAAGGUGUCUAGGGCAAUCCUCUACAUGGUUCAGGGAACAUUUGCGGAGUGCAGCUCGGAGGCAGAAGUGCAGCACUGGAUGAGGUAUAACAUCUUCCUGCUGCUGGAUGUUGGCACCUUCACAGCCCUUGUGGAGCUGCUCAACAUGGAGGUUGAUAACAGUGCUGCCUGUAGCAGUGCAGUCAGAAAGCCAGCAAUCUCCUUGGCUGACAGCACAGACCUCAGGGUGCUGCUCAACAUCAUGUAUCUGAUGGUGGUGACCAUCCAGCAGGAGGACCCAGCCGACUCACCUGAGUGGAGGGCCACCAGGGAGACCUUUAAAACAGAGCUGGGCUCUCCUCUGUACAACAACGAGCCCAUCUCUGUCAUGCUCUUUGGCAUGGUGACGAAGUUCUGCAGUGGUCACGCCCCCCACUUCCCCAUGAAGAAGGUUCUAAUGCUGCUGUGGAAGAGCAUACUGUUCACCCUCGGGGGGUUUGAGCAGCUCCAGAACAUUAAGGUGCGUAAGCGGGAGGAGCUUCGCCUGCCCCCCCUCCCAGAGGAUAGCAUCCGGGUCAUCAGGAGCAUGAGGGCAGCCUCACCCCCCGCAUCUGCCUCUGACCUCAUCGAACAGCAGCAGAAAAGGGCACGCCGUGAACACAAGUCCCUAAUAAAACAGGACAACCUGGACGCCUUCAAUGAGAAGGACCCCUACAAGUCAGAUGAACCUCGUGAAGAUGAGGACGACAACGAUGACAAUGACAACUCCAUGGAGGCGGAGCCUUUUCCCAUGGAACGGGAUGAGGUCAUGCCCCCACCCAUCCUACACCCCACCUCAGAGAGGGUGAACUUCCCCAAGGGCCUGCCUUGGGCCCCCAAAGUCAGGGAAAAGGACAUAGAACAUUUCCUGGAAUCAAGUAGAAGCAAGUUUAUCGGCUAUACGCUUGGAAAUGACACAGAUACAGUUGUCGGCCUACCCAGACCCAUCCAUGAAAGCAUCAGAACCUUGAAGCAGCAUAAGUACAUCUCUAUAGCUGAGAUUCAGAUUGCCAAGGAGGAUGAGUUUCAGAAAACUCCACUGUCAGGGGGGGAAGAGGAUGUGGAGAUGUGCUCCACUGAGCUGCUAUACCAGGGCAUUCUUCCCAGCUUGCCUCAGUACAUGAUUGCCCUGCUGAAGAUCCUGCUAGCUGCUGCCCCCACCUCCAAGGCCAAGACAGACUCCAUCAACAUCCUGGCAGAUGUGCUGCCUGAAGAGAUGCCGACCACGGUGCUCCAGAGCAUGAAGCUUGGUGUGGAUGUUAACCGCCACAAGGAGAUCAUUGUUAAGGCCAUCUCUGCCAUCCUGCUGCUGCUUCUCAAACACUUCAAACUCAAUCACGUCUACCAGUUUGAGUACAUGGCUCAGCACCUGGUGUUUGCCAACUGUAUUCCUCUCAUUCUCAAGUUCUUCAACCAGAACAUAAUUUCUUACAUCACAGCCAAGAACAGUAUUUCUGUGCUGGACUUCCCUUACUGUGUGGUGCAUGAGCUCCCUGAACUUACUGCAGAGAGUUUGGAGGCUGGCGACAACAACCAGUUCUGCUGGAGGAACCUGUUCUCCUGUAUCAACCUGUUGAGGAUCCUCAACAAGCUGACCAAGUGGAAGCACUCCAGAACCAUGAUGCUGGUGGUGUUCAAAUCUGCUCCCAUAUUGAAGAGGGCGUUGAAGGUUAAACAGGCCAUGAUGCAGCUGUACGUCCUCAAGCUGCUCAAAGUGCAAACCAAGUACCUGGGCCGCCAGUGGAGGAAGAGCAACAUGAAGACCAUGUCUGCCAUAUACCAGAAGGUCCGCCAUCGCCUCAAUGACGACUGGGCCUACGGUAAUGACCUGGAUGCGCGGCCCUGGGACUUCCAGGCAGAGGAGUGUGCUCUGCGCGCCAACAUUGAGCGCUUCAACAGCCGCCGCUACGACAACAACCAGAGGAACCCUGACUUCCUGCCCGUGGACAAUUGCCUGCAGAGCGUUCUUGGACAGCGCGUCGACCUGCCGGAGGAUUUCCAGAUGAACUAUGACCUCUGGCUGGAGCGAGAAGUCUUCUCCAAGCCCAUAUCCUGGGAGGAGCUUCUGCAAUGAUAACAGGGCUGGGUGGUGGGAGGUGGUGCUAUAGGAAUGUUUUCUGAACACACCUCCCCAAGGUGGCAACACUAGUCUACAUCUCCACAUCGUUUAGUGCUGAAAAAGCAUACGUGUUACAGCAGUCAUAGAGCACUGCAUUUGUUUCUGAAAAUUACGCAGACGAGUCCCCAUAACAAACAUGAUCCUUGUGUUGUCACCUCAUGCAGAGAAAAUAACAGUCAGUAAGGGAUAUUCAAGAGUUAGAGGGUCAACAGCUAAGUCACCUAAAUGUGGACCUUGCGCAUUAGCAUUACCCCUUCACAGUUGGAUCAGUCAUUUAUAAUAUCUGAAUCCAGGCACUAGAUAACUCGUAAAAAAAAAAGGGUACAAAUAGGGGGUGCUUAUAUUUGUCCUGUUUCACACAUGUACAAGUGUGUAACCUGUACAAGCGUGUGGUGAAAUGGAAAUGUGUUUUUUUGCAUAUCCCAUUUUGGAGAGUGGUGUCACGCACGGCCAAGGUGAACCAGGUCUUGAUUUACCCCAUGUAGAGCCUUUUCUAGUUUUCAACUGGACCUUUACAGAGUGAUAUAGGUUUUAUCAGCCUUGUCCAACCUCCAUGGUUGGGGAUGUAAACCCUUUGUAUUCUGUUACUUACACACAACUCCACACAUCCAACCUGCCAUGAUGCCACUCUCCUGGCUGUCGGAGCAGUACUCUGCCCUUCAAGCACUAUAGUACACUAUUAUAACCCUUAGGAAGUACAAAAUAAAGUGUUUGUGUGUGUGGAAGAGAGAUUGUGAGGGAAGGGUUGCUUGAGUGUGUUUGUGUGUGUGUGUGUGUACAGUAUGUCUUAUGGUUACUGAUAUAACCCCCUGUUGACCAGGCUUUUGAUGUUCCAUUAGUACUCUUCUCAGUGAGUGACCGUUGGCUUGUAUGAAUCACACACCUCUAUCAACCAUGGUGGAGACAAUUUAGAUUGGUAUUAAGAUAUUUUAAUGGAAUUUACAGCCUAAUGUUUUAACCUAAAG